AUGUCAAACCCCAGCCCAGUCCCCUGCGUCCCUGAGCCAAGCGAGCCUCUCAAUAUUGCCAUAAUCGGAGCGGGUCUGACUGGUCUUACACUCGCCCUUUCUAUUUCUGCGCUUCCACCUAACAAGCAAUCUCAUCUCCGCUACACCAUCUACGAAUCCCACCAUAGCUACUCCGAAAUCGGAGCCGGUAUUGGAUUUGGUGCAAGUGGCCACCGGAUCAUGAAACUACUCCAUCCCGAUUUCUGGGAAAAUUAUAAAGCUAUUGCAAAUUGGGGCGACGAUGACGUGUGGUGGGAUUUUAUAGUCGGUGAUCGAGUUGGCAGUUCACAAGACAAACAUGGAAAAGAGGAAGAAUGGGAAGGAAAGAGAAUAGCACAAGUAAGAAUGAAAGAGGGAAGAGAGGGUCAAAGUACGGCGCAUAGAAGAUCAUUAAUGGAUGUUCUCAUCAAACUCCUUCCUCCUUCUGCCGAUGUGAGAUUUGGGAAACGUUUAAUUGGGAUUAUUUCUUCUUCUCUUCCUUCCAAUUCCGACGUCCCCGAUUCUAAAGUAACGCUAAAAUUUCAAGACGGUACAACAUCAACCGCAGACCUAGUAAUCGGUGCCGAUGGCGUCAAAUCUCUAUGUCGGGAUAUGGUACUCACACCCACUAACAAUGCAAACGCAUUAAAAGCACGUUUUACGGGGAAAAUAGCAUAUAGGGGUUUAAUACCAAUGGAAGAGGCAAAAGCAAGUAUAGGGGAGAAAGCCGGACAGAGGAUAUUUUAUCUGGGACAUGGGGGACAUGUGGUUUCUUUUCCGGUGGAGGGAGGGAAGAGUAUGAAUAUUGUUGCUUUUGCGAAUAGGGAGGAAGGUGUUUGGGAGGGGAGUUGGGUGAGAGAGAAUGUAGAGGAGGAGUUGGAGAGGGAUUAUUUGGAUGGGAGGUGGGGGAGGGAUGUGGAGGGGAUUAUGAGGGUGAGUGGGUGGUUAUUUGAACGCUGGAUUUUAUUUCAUGAGCUUUCUUUUGCUUGACCUUUUCAUAUUAUUGUCUUUGUUUUUUCCUCAUUUCCUUCUAGCCAUCAAAUUAUUUUGCUAUUUUUGAAUAAUCACUUCCAUCUCACAUCAUUCAUCCAAAGUUUAAAUUUUAUUUCCCAUUUUCCAUUUCAUUCAAACUCCAUCUUCUAUGUCCUUUAUCCAUAAUACACUUUCUCUCACAUUCCCUCAAAUCUAAACUACGUUAACUAACACAAUCUCUCUCAGCUCAUUAAAUCCCCUUCAUACUGGGCAACAUUUUACCACCCCACAGCACCCACCUUCCACCACCCAACUCUUCCUAUCCUCCUAAUCGGCGAUGCUGCACACACUACUGCGCCGCAUUUUGGGCAGGGUGCGGGUCUUGGUAGUAUGUAUCCCUUUUUUCCUUUGCACUUACCUGAGGUUUUCCGGUUUUCUCUGUACCUUUUUGUUCAGUGUCUAUUGAGGAUGGAUCUGUGACACGGAAUUAAAUAUAGUACACCGAGUGUAUAAGAUCAAGCUAACCACCAGCAAACCCAUCAAAUAGUCGAAGACGUAUACAUACUCACCAAACUCCUUUCGCACCUUCCCGCUGUCUCCCCUCGAGCUCCCACUAACCCCUUUCCCUCUACCUCCCCACCCAUUCCCGCCCAACUCCGCCCUCCUCAUCCCUCCCCACUAGUGCCAUCCCUCCCCUCCCUCUUCAAAGCCUACACACAAACCCGCCAACCACGCGCCACUACCGCCGUAAGCACCUGCAACCACUACGGCCGCAUCCUCGACAUGGAAGAUCCCAUCCUCUCUGAUAAUCUCCCGCUUCUGAGGGAAAAGGUACGGAGGAUCGCGGAGACGAUUUGGGGGUAUGAUGAGAUUGGGGAGGGGAGAGCUGUACGGAUUAUGAUUGGGAUGGUGGGUGAGUAG